CUUCUGCUUGCUGACACAGAGGAAAAGCAUGUUUGAAGACAGCGUCCUUCUUCACUCCACACAGAGAGAUGAGAGGAGCAGCUAUGAGUUUAACUGCAGCAGAAAGAGGAUUUGUCGUUUUCCUUCUCUCUGUGUCAGUGGUACAGAGUCAGUAUGACUGGGGAGUGACGUACACCUCUACUGAGAUCUGUGCCUUCAAAGGAUCAACUGUGUACAUAUACUGCACCAUUAAAUACCCGUCCACAAUCAAUUACCGUUAUAUUACUGCUGGGGAAACAUUCUGGUUUAAAGGUGAUGAUACUGUGGAUCUGAAAACAAAGUCAGAGUAUUCAGGUCGUGUGGAGUAUAACUGUGAUAUGAUCUACUGCACUCUGAGAAUCACAGACCUGAGAGAGAGCGACUCAGCUGAGUACAAGUUCAGUUUCAUAACAAACCAACCAGGUGGGACAUAUACUGGUUCACCUGGAGUCACUCUGUCUGUCACAGAUCUCCAGGUGCAGGUGAGCAGAUUACAGAUCUAUGAGUCUUCUAACUGGGCAGAGCUGAAGUGUCACAGCAGUUGUCUUCCACCUGGUCAUCAUUACUACGUCUGGUACAAGAAUGGACAGAACAUUUGGGGACAAACAUCUUAUUCUUAUUCAGCCUACUUUGAUCCUGCAGACAGCUUUUCCUGUGCUGUAGGAGGAUAUGAGAAGUCCCGCUCUCCUUCAGUGUGUGAGUUUACAUCCAGUCUUCCACUGACAUGACACCAUCUGGUGGAGCCUUUAACCUAUUGUACUGCACAUUAACUGCAUGUAACUCAGUGGUAUUUGGUGAUUCAUUGUAGAACUGGAUGAAAACCAAAUCAUUUCCCCAUGAGAUUGUAGACAUGUUGAAUAAUUAGUUUUUAUUCCCUGUCUUCACUGUA